AUGAACUGGAUUUGGGCUGGGAAUGAUCCAACUUUGGGGGUUGAUAGUAUAGGCACGAUACCAUCUGCUCUUGCAACAUAUGCUGCUGUUCUAGCAUUACAACCAUACUUGAUCAUCAAUGCAGGCACCGCUGGUGGCUUCAAGGUGGCCACGAUCUUGUCCCAAGCAAUAGUGUUAGAAUUGUUGAUUUUUGAUCUGUAUGGAAUUGGUUUACGUAAAGUCUUUGAAACACCCAACCUUGUAAAGGAGCUUAAUCUAAAGGAGUUCAUUGUCUUUGUGCAAAACUUGAAUGUUAAACAAUAUUUAUGCAUAUUUCUGGUGGCUAAAUUGUCUACUGGUGGCUCUUUAGAUAUGACAGAGCAGGAUGAAUCAUCAAUAAUUGCAAAUGAUGCCACAGUUAUAGAUAUGGAGGGAGCUGCUAUUGCAUAUGUUGCCGACAUACUAAAAGUUCCUGCAAUUUUUAUAAAAGCUGUGAAUAGUAUCGUUGAUGGUGACAAAGCAAUUGUAGAAGAAUUCCUGCAGAAUUUGGAAGCUCUAACUGCUGUUCUUGAUCUGAACAAGUUAUUAAUUUUAUUAAUGGAAAGUGCAUAUCUGAACUUUGACAACUCAAUUUCACCUUAUCCUCUAGUAGAAGAAUAUAUUUCUACAGGGAGAACUGCGAAUGCCUUUACCUGA